UCCAGUCCCAGAAGGGGGCUGCUGUCUGAGCAGGAAGCUGCAUCUUCACUGGCCAGCCGGGAGAGGACCUGGGGUCUCGCUGGGCGCCCGACGGACCCUCCCCAGGGACCCGCCUGCCCCACACCGCCCCGCGACGCCGGGCGCUCCGCAUCAGGUUCUCCAGCCACAGCAUUACCUGUGGGCUCUCGAAUUCCCAGAGCUUCCAGAAGAUGCUCGGGCUACCAGCUGGGACCUCGGGGCUACAGUGAAGGGGGCACCCAUCCUCCCUUUCAGCUCCUCUCGUCCAGUGCCAGGGGCUCCCCCAGGGGGGCGAGCAUGGUGGUUUUCCAUCGGAGCCCCCUGGCUUGGGACGUCUGAGAAGAUGCCUGCUAUGAGGCUGUUCACUUGCUUCCUGCAGCUUCUGGCUGGGCUGGCGCUGCCUGCUGUGCCUCCCCAGCAAUUGGCCUUGUCUGCUGGGAAUAGCUCGUCAGAGAUGGAAGUGGUGCCCUUCCAGGAAGUAUGGGGCCGCAGCUACUGCCGGGCACUGGAGAGGCUGGUGGACAUCGUGUCGGAGUACCCCAGCGAGGUGGAGCACAUGUUCAGCCCGUCCUGCGUCUCCCUGCUGCGCUGCACUGGCUGCUGUGGUGAUGAAAACCUGCACUGUGUGCCGGUGGAGACGGUCAAUGUCACCAUGCAGCUCCUGAAGAUCCGUUCUGGGGACCGGCCCUCCUACGUGGAGCUGACGUUCUCUCAGCACGCACGCUGUGAGUGCAGGCCUCUGCGGGAGAAGAUGAAGCCAGAAAGGAGGAGACCCAAGGGCAGGGGGAAGAGGAAGAGAGAGAAGCAGAGACCCACAGACUGCCACCUGUGCGGCGAUACUGUUCCCCGGAGGUAACCAGCCCCUCGGAGGAGAGACCCCACACCUGGCUCGUGUAUUUAUUACCCUCACACUCUCAGUUACCUCCCUGCUGGCACCUGCCCUCUAUUUAUUAGCCAAUUGUAUCCCUGCUGAAUGACUCUCGCUCCCUCCACGAUGAGGGGCAGGGAGGGACAGGACCCUCAGGAAUUCAGUGCCUUAAGCAGAACGUGAGAGAAAGAUGGCAGCCAUGGACCCGUGCGUACUUCAGCUUGGGAAGAAGCAAGACAUGUGGCUUUGUGAGAGGCAAGCCAGGCCCCAGAGGCUCUGGGGAUCUCCCAGGGGCCAGAGAAGGAAGAAGAGAAGAGGACAUACCGCCUGUUCUUGGGCCUUGGUUUCUGUGCAGACAAGCAGUCCUUGUUUGAGAAGCUCUGGCCAGGGUGGCAGUGGAGGAGCCUGCUCUGGCCCUGACUGAGUGGGAAGGCAGGCAGCGGGUGGAGGGGUCCUUUGGCUUCCUCUCCCUGGCAGCAGCUCGGCUCCCUGGAGAGCAGACGGUUCAGCUCUGGAGAACGGUAGUUGCCUGGGGCCUUGGCCACUCCUUGUCCCCUACGGCCUCUCCUCACAUCUUGCCUCUGCUUGUGCUGGGACGUUGUUCUUUAUGGCCAAGGCAUCGCCAUCCUGCCCUCUCAGGGACACAGGCGAAGAGAGGGCCCCAGGCUGGGCACGGAGCAAGCUGCCCUGCGUGGCUGCCUGACUGCCAAGCCAGAUUCUCUUGAAUAAAGUAUCCUAGUCUGGAA